AUGACCACAUUACCGACUACCGGUAAUGUGGUAUUAGAAAGUCAUUAUUUAAAUAAUACAAGUCGUCCAAUAACGGAAAAUGAUUCUUAUCAACAAGUGAAUUUUCAAACAUUUCAAAUGUUGGUUGCAUCAGUUAUUGAUCCUGUGAAUAGUGAUGACAUACGAUUAAAGCAUGUUUUAAUGAUUGCCGAAUAUAUUGAUAUUUUACCAUCAUUACCAAAUUAUUUACAAUAUAUUGAUUUAUUGAUAAAGAAUUUUUUGCGAACAUUACGUGAAACUGAACCUGUAUUUAUUGCUCAAUUACCUGCUCAGCUUAUUCGUAAACACAUGAUUGAUAUUUUACAUCGUUUACCGACCAAUGAUUAUUUAAGGCCACAUAUUAAAGAUAUUCUAACCGUGAUGCUAAAAUUAAUUCAAACUGAUAAUGAAGAAAAUGCUCUGUUAUAUUUACGAAUUAUUGUCGAAUUAAAAAAACAAUUUCGUCCCCAACUCAUAACUGAAGUGCGAGAAUUUUUACAAUUUAUUCAUGCAGUUUAUCGCCGAAAAUCAAUGUUAUUAGAUAAAUUAUUUUAUACAAAAUCUUAUACGUUUUCCAAUACAUCGUUAAGUGAUAUAUCGGCAUCAUUAGAUACAAUUUUAGAUGAAAUAUUUACAACAAUAACAAUAACAGUGAGAAAACCAACUGUUAGUGUUGCACCAACGGCAACUGAUGAACAGACAGAAACAGUGUACACAAUAAUUCCACGUGCAUCAUACUCAUUAAAAAUUCUUGCCGAAUAUCCCAUUGUUAUUGUUCUUCUUUUUCAAUUGUGUCGACAAGCGUUACAAACAGAAUUUGGUGAUCUGAUACCAUUAUUUCUUCAAUAUUUAAUUUUACAACCGACAAAUGAACAACGAGCUCAACCAAAUUUUAGUAUUGACAUUUAUAUUGAUUUUUUAACAACACAAGUGAAGACAUUAUCAUUCUUAGCUUUUGUUGGUAAACAAUAUCAAGAACAAUUAGCUCAAUAUAGUGAAACAUUGGUACUAGCAUUAAUUCAAUUAUUAGAAAAUUGCCCACCUGAAAAUGUUCAAUUACGUAAAGAUAUUAUUGUUGCAGCACGACAUAUAUUAUCAACAGACCUAAGAAAUUUGUUUAUUCCACAUGUGAAACGAUUUUUUGAUGAAAAUUUACUAUUAAGCACCGGUUAUACUGCUCAUGAAACACUAAAAGCAUUAGCAUAUAAUACCAUAGCCGAUUUUUUUCAUCAUAUACGUCAAAGUUUAACAUUUGAUGAUUUAGUUCAAGUUAUACGUAUAUAUUCAAAAAUUAUCCAUGAUACAACAUUACCAGCAUCUGUACAAAUAAUGUGUCUCAAAUUUUUAGGAAAUGUAGCAGAAACAAUACGACAAAAAGCGGAUAAAGAAAAUCAGGCACGUGAUCUUCUAAUACGUAUUGUUGAAAUUCUCGUAUUUAAAUUUAAAGUAGUUGCCAAACAAUGUUCACAAUUGUAUAAUGAAAAAAUAUCUGCAAAAUCAACAUUAACAGAUACAAUAGUUAAAGAAGAAGUAAAACCUCUUAUACAACAAAAUGAUUUAGAUUUGGAUACAUGUACAUUAGCUGAUGUAUUACAAUCGAUGAAUGAUAGUCAAACUAAUAAAGAACGAGAACAACAACAUUCUCGUGUUCAAUCAUUAUCAAUGUCCAUAACCGAUUAUCGUCAAUUAAUUAAAUGUUUAGUGAGUAGUUUACGUAAUAUAACAUGGAUAUUGGUCGAAGUUAAAAUUGUUCAAGAUAGUGUUUUAAGUCAACCGAGACAAUUUUCUCAAACAGUUACAUUAUUAUAUAUCAAAUUUUUUAAAUAUUCUCUACAAUGUAUUGAUAUAUUUUCCAGUCAAAUGAAUACUGUUCUUCAAACUGAAAUUACUUCAAAUUCUCUUCAAACUUUAUCAACACCAUCUACUAUAGUUAAUCGUCAAGUUGUACCACUCUCAUUAUCUAUUCCAUCAUCUUCAGCUACUCGUUCAAAAGAUGAAAAAGAAAUAAUGGAUUUAAUUGCCAAUGUAUUUCAUUUUAUUCAUCGUUCUAAUUGUCGUGAAAUAUUUGAACGAAUACUUCCUUAUUUAUAUGAACGUUCAAUAGAAAAUUCAAAUAUAACAUUGAUACCAAAUAGUCUUCUUCAACAUGGAACAUCCACUAUACUUGUACAAGUUCUUAUUGAUUUUUUAUUACCUCGUAUGUCAGAAAUUGGAGGACGAGCAUCAAAUGAACGUUCAAAUGUUUGUCUAAAAUUAUUUAAAUUACUUAUUAAUAGUGUAUCAACAAUUCCAAAUGAUAAUGAAACAAUUAUACAGCCACAUUUACAAACAAUUAUUCGAAAAUCUAUUGAAUAUGCACAAAAAUCACAGGAUCCAGUGAAUUAUUUUAUGUUAUUACGGGCACUUUUUAGAAGUAUAGGUGUUGGAAAUCAUGAACUAUUAAAUCAAGAAUUUUUACCAUUAUUACCAGAUCUCUUACAACGUUUAAAUGAGUAUCAAUCGUGUAAACAUCGUCAAAAUUUACGUGAAUUAUUUAUUGAAUUAUGUUUAACUGUUCCUGUUCGUCUUAGUGUUUUAUUACCCUAUUUACCUUUAUUAAUGGAACCAUUAGUUAGUGCUCUAAAUGGUUCACAAACAUUAAUUUUACAAGGUUUAAGAACACUUGAAUUAUGUGUUGAUAAUUUACAACCCGACUUUUUAUAUAGUCAUAUACAUCCUGUACGAUCAGAUUUAAUGAUAUCACUCUAUCGAAUAUUACACAAUACAAAUACAAAUCAUCUACAACAACAAGAUCAAUAUAAUACUAGUAAUAAUAAUAACAAUAAUAACAUUAAUAAUGUUUCACAAAAUGCUUACAGAAUAUUAGGAAAACUUGGCGGUAAUAAUAGACGAAUAUUAAAUGAAUCACAACGUUUAGAAUUAGAUAAAGAAGAAAAUGAUUAUAAUACAAAUAAAAAUGUUCAUGUUCAUCUAUUAUUUGAAAAUGAACAAAAACCAAUUACGGUACCAAUAUUGAAGAUUCUUCAACUAUGUUCUGAAACAUUAAAAAGUUCAACAAAUGAUUUAUUUGUAAAACGUAAUGCUUGGUUAAUUGUCAAAAAUAUUCUUUGUGUCAUUAUUACUAUUGACAAUGAUCAUGAACUUGUACAAUAUUUUCUUUCUCAUCAAACAUUUUUAAAUGGAAAAAUUUGUCAACAAUCAUCGACAUGGAAUAAAAUUAAUUCUAUUAUUCAACCCUAUCGUUAUUAUCAUGAUUUAUUAUUCAAAUGUUUAUAUCAAGCAGCAGCAAUAAAUAAAGAUUUAGAAAAUGAUACAUUAUCAAUGAUAAAAGCAACUAUAAGACAUUAUACAUUAGUUUCAUUAACUCAACAAACAGGUCCAUUUGUCAGUGAUAUUUAUGGUGAAAAUCGUUUAAAUGGCAUGGAUUGUUCUCUAAUAUUAAUUGAUAGUAUUAUAUCCGCUUAUAUCCAUGAAGAUAAUGAAAUAAAUGAUAUUGGACGUUUAUCAUUAGAAAUAUUUGUUGAUACUCUAUUAACAAUAUUAAAUGGAGAUUGUAUACGAUUAUUAUCAUUACCAAUUUGGGAUUAUUUUAUUCAACGUAUAUGUCAUCAAAGUCAUGAUCCUAUAUGGUUUUCAAAAAAUGGUGCAUGUCGAAUUAUUAAUGAAUUAACAACGAAUUAUUUUAAAAAUAGUAAUGAAUUUUUACUCCGAUAUAUUGUUCAAUUUAUUCGUUCAUUAUUUUUCAUUAUUCUAUCAUUAACAAAUGAAAUAACAGCUGGAACAAUUGAUUUAGCAACAGAUGAAGUUCAACGAUUAUUAAAACAAUGUUUUGUAGAUGUAAAUAAUAAUGAACAAAAAAUUAUUCGUGAAGUAAUAUCCGAACUUAUUUCACAUAUAACUUCGCCCAUAAGUUCAAUUCGUGAAUUGUCAUUUGAUUGUUUAAAAAAACUUAGUGAAUAUUUAUCUCAACCAUUGUCAAUAUUAUUCGAACCAUUUAAAAUUAUUUUUCAUCAAAAUAUAUUUUCUUUAAAACAUUUACCAUUAAAAUAUCAAUCAAUCAAUUUUCAAUUAGCUCUUAUGGAAUCGUAUACAUUUAUUCGAACAUUAGAACCAAAAUUUAAUCUUCUUUAUUCAUCACUGACACGAUCCGAUUUAACCACUUUUGAUGAUGAAUUAUUUAAAGAUUUAUCUUAUUUAUGUUUGACAAAUGAAGAUGAUUUAAUCAAACAGCAACCAUGUUAUCGUCAUUCAGAUGCUCAACAACUAUUAACAAUUAAAAAACAAGCUGUACGUACAAUAUGUGUAUAUCAUGAAGCAAAUGAACAUCGUGAAAAAGUUUUACGUCUUAUCUAUAAAAUGGUUACAUUAUCAACGGGUGAACUUCAAGAAUCGGCAUUUGAAUGUUUUCAACAAAUUUUAGCUAAUCAUGCUGAUGCAUUAAAAUUACGAUUUGUUGAAAAUUAUUUACAACAAAUUACACCACUUUCACAACAACAACAAACAUUAGAUGGAAAAUGUUUGACGUUAAAUAUUGCACAAGUAUGCGCAUAUCUAGCAAAAUUAGCACCACAAGCAUUUGACGAGAAAUUAUGUGAUGUAUUACUGAAUAAUGUACGAAAAUUAUUAGAAACAAUAGUAAAUACUUAUCGAACAAUAACAAAUAUAGCAAAUAAUACCGAAUUAAAAACGUGCAUUAUCAUUUUGGAAUUAUUUUCAUCCUUGCCCACAUGUUCACAACAUUUAAUUGAACAAUUAACCAUAUUAAUUUUAAGAACAGAAAAACAUUUAAUGAUUGAAGCUAGUAGUCCAUUUCGUCCACCAUUCUUACAUUUAUUAUCUCGUCAACCUCAUCUAAGUUUACAACAAUUUUUUUUCGAUGAUAUUCAUAUGAAAGAUCCACAAUGGUGUCGUCUAUGUAUUCAAUUGGUUAAAUCAUCAUCUACAACAAAUCAUAAUACAAAUGAUGAUGAUCUUAUACGUGUUCGUUCCUAUAUUCGUCUAAAUCUUAUUGAUCGUUUUCGAUUUUUAUUAACUGAACAUGUAUCAACUAUUGAAACAUCAUCAUCUGAUCAAUUAUCAUAUAUAAUUUGUUUUCUUAUUCGUCUAUUAAAUCAAUUAGCUAAAAAUGAUUUACAAUGGUGGUCUCAACAACAUGAUUUUAUUUUAAUAUUAUUACGUCUUUGGCGAACAAAAUUAUUUCAAUAUCAUUCAUUAUUUUUAACUGAUCAUUAUGAUUCAAUGUGUUAUAAAGAGCAAACAUGGGUAUUAAAUUUAUUAAUGUACUAUUAUAAACAAUAUCCAGAUAAAAUUCAUAUUUUAAUUGAAUUAAUAAGAAUUUAUGCAACAAAUGGUGGUAAUUUUGAACGUAUUCCAACACCAGUUUAUCCAAAUAAAUUUUCUGAUUAUCUUCAACAAAUAGUAAUUAAAACUUAUUCUAUACAAUGGAAACGUGAUGCAUUUUCAAAAUUUCUCGUAUUAUGUCAAGAUUUAACAUAUCCAAUUGAUUGUAAAGCAGCAUUUUUAGAAUAUGUAUUAAUACCCGCUUUUGCUUACGAAUUUGAAAAUGGACAACGAGAACAAUUAUUAGCUCCAAUGAAAUGUGAAUUAUCGGAUGUUGAAGAAACGCCUGUUGAAUUAUUUAUUCGUACAACAAUGGAUUCUUCAAUUCUACGACAUUCAAAUGAUAAAUUUCGUAUUUCAUUAUUACGAUUUUCUUGUUUAUUAUUAGAAUUUGCUCAUGAAUAUAUAUGUGAUGUUAAUAAUAAACGUCAAGAUGAAAAACUUCGUCGUUUAAUGGAAUGUGCCUAUUCAACAUUGGUUAUGAAUAAUUUAGAUCCAACAUUUAAAUGUCAAGCUCAUUUACUUUUAUGUCAUAUUAUAGCAAAAUUUGCUAUUAAUAAAAAAAUUGUUUUACAAGUAUUUCAUAGUCUAUUAAAAUCACAUGCUCUUGAUGCUAAAUUAAUUGUUCGACAAGCUAUUGAUAUAUUGGUACCAGCAUUACCAUUAAGAAUGGAAGAUGGAUAUGAAAUGUUAGCACAUUGGACAAAAAAAAUGAUUACAGAUGAAGGACAUUCAAAUGUACAAUUAAUACAUGUUUUAACAAUUGUUGUUCGACAUCAACAAAUUUAUUAUCCUGUUCGACAUACACUCGUUCAUUUAAUUAUACAAUCGGCACAAAAAAUAGCAUCACAACCAACAGCAUCAUUUGAUCAUCGAAAAUUGGCUAUUGAUUUAAUUGAAGUAACAAUUAAAUGGGAAUUAAGACGACGUAAUGAAGAAGAACAAAAACUUAUAUCAAAUGAUAUUAAACCAAUAAUUAAAGAAGAAAAUAAAUCAACAGUAACACCGACAGCCGAUCGUCCAUUUAGUAAACCAUUAAUUGAAACAUUAUUUGUCUUUCUUAUUCGAUUGGCAUGUCAAUUGAGUACACCAACGUAUAAUCAAUUAUCACAACAAUGUAUUAAAUUAAUUAAAACAGCAAGAAAAUUUGCAUGGUCAACAGUCGAUGUCAAAUUAGUAACAUUUGAACGAUUAAUACAUCAAAUUGAAUUAUCUACUCCACAAUAUUCAUCAAUUGCCACAGCCAUUGAUAUUUUGGCCUUUUUAAUAACAACUUAUAAUUUAAGUCAAAUUAAAUAUACCAUGCGUACAUUAAAACGUUUUUUAAUAUUGUGUGUACAAAUACCACAGAAUCAACGUCUAUUAGAAUCGAUUCAAAAUUUAUUGAGUAAAUUAAUUAUACAAAUUCCAAUUGAUCCACCACCUCCAACUUCAGCCACAGCUCUUUCAACACAAAUACCAACACUUCCUAAUACAACAUCAGUUACCGGUACAUUAGCCACAUUAACACCAACAAUGGCAAAUAAUAUAACUAAAGGUUGUGAAGAUAUUGAACCAUUUUAUUCUGUGAUAAACAAAACAAUUUUAGAUAAUAUGAGUGGAAUAACAGACAGGUAA